GUAAGAAAGAACACAUUCUCUCCCAUGUUUAAUGUCGGACUCACUUCCAAUAAACUCCAAAUUUUCCACUCAUCCCUUGCAUGUUACCAGCCUGUUUCAGAACCCAAGACCUCACGAGCUCUCUCUCUUUAUUUUAAUCAAAAGCCAAUCAAUCAAUCUUCUCUUCAUUACCUCUCAUAUAACUUCCACUCACUAUCUCUCCUCCUACCCCACCAGAGACCCAUCAUUUUCUCUCACUUUUUCCAGGAAAGAAAAUGAUGGGAAACUGAGAAAUUACAACCAAAGAUCAAUCAAGAACAACACUAGCAUGAAACUCCAAACACAUUUAGUUUUGUUGUUCUUAUUCUACUUUUUUUCAGCUGUCUUGGCUGAUGAUCAUAAUGAAACAUCAAUUUUACUAUCCAUAAAAGCAAGCCUGAUUGAUCCAUUGAAGCAGCUUCAAAAUUGGAAAGUUCCCAACAAUGGGUUGUUGGGAAACACUUCACUCCACUGUAAUUGGACUGGUGUGUGGUGCAACUCUAAUGGAGCUGUUGAGAAGCUUGAACUCUCUCACAUGAAUCUCAGUGGCACUGUAUCCAAUGAAAUCCAACAAUUACAGAGUCUCACUUCUCUCAACCUCUGCUGCAAUGGGUUCUCAUCCCCAUUGCCAAAAUCUCUCUCCAAUCUCCCUUCAAUUCAAACCAUUGAUCUCAGCCAAAACUGCUUUGUUGAUUCCUUUCCAAUCGGCAUUGGCAGAGCUGCAAGAUUGACAGCACUCAAUGCUUCCAGCAACAACUUCUCUGGUGACAUUCCAGAGGAUCUUGGAAACGCGACGUUGCUUGAGAGCCUGGAUCUCAGAGGGAAUUUCUUCCAGGGUUCAAUCCCAAUUUCUUUCAAGAACUUGGAGAAACUAAAGUUUCUUGGGCUUUCCGGGAAUAAUUUAACGGGCCAAUUGCCACCGGAGCUAGGCCAGCUGUCAUCAUUGGAGACGGUUGUUCUUGGGUACAAUGAAUUUGAAGGUGAAAUUCCAGCAGAGUUUGGAAAUCUCACCAAUCUAAGGUACCUUGAUUUGGCAGUUGGCAAUCUUGGUGGUUCCAUUCCUGCUGAUCUGGGGAAGCGCUACAAGUCUCUAAACACAGUUUUCUUGUACAAGAACAAUUUCGGAGGGAAAAUCCCAACUGAAAUUGGCAACAUUACUUCGUUACAGGUAUUGGAUCUCUCUGAUAAUAUGUUAUUUGGUGAAAUCCCAGUAGGGAUUUCCCAGCUGAAGAAUCUUCAGCUCCUGAAUCUAAUGUGUAAUCAACUGUCAGGCUCAGUUCCAUCUGGGCUUGGACAGUUGACUCAACUACAUACUCUUGAGCUAUGGAACAAUUCACUUUCAGGCCCCUUGCCAAGUGAUCUUGGCCUAAAUUCACCACUUCAGUGGUUGGACAUAUCGUCCAAUGCCUUCUCCGGUCAAAUUCCAGCCAAUUUGUGCUCCGGAGGUAACCUCACAAAACUCAUUCUGUUCAACAAUGCAUUCUUGGGUCCAAUUCCUACUGGUUUAUCGACAUGUCCUUCGCUAGUUCGCGUUAGAAUGCAAAAUAAUCGUCUUUCUGGUACGAUCCCAAUUGGGUUUGGCAAACUUGGGAGGCUUCAGAGGUUUGAUUUGGCAAACAACAGUCUAACUGGCCAAAUUCCAAUUGACAUUGCUGCUUCUACUUCACUUUCUUUCAUUGAUUUCUCUCAAAAUCGCCUUGUUUCUUCUCUUCCUUCUUCUAUCCUUUCCAUUCCCAAUCUGCAAAACUUCAUGGCCUCAGAUAAUAACUUAGUGGGUGAAAUCCCAGAUCAGUUUCAAGACUGUCCUUCACUUUCAGUCCUCGAUCUCUCAUCUAACCGCUUCACAGGAAGCAUUCCUAUUCCUGCGAGUAUAGCUUCGUGCGAGAGAUUGGUGACUUUGAAUCUUCACAACAAUCAAUUAACCGGGCCAAUCCCAAAAACAAUUGCUAUGAUGCCCACUUUAGCGGUUCUUGAUCUAUCCAACAAUUUUCUUAUUGGUGGAAUACCAGAAAAUUUUGGGAACUCCCCGGCUUUGGAAAUGCUCAAUGUUUCUUACAACAAGCUAGAAGGUCCUGUGCCCGCCAAUGGCAUGCUCAGGACAAUAAACCCCGAUGAUCUUACAGGCAAUGCCGGUCUCUGUGGUGGUUUGUUACCUCCAUGUUCUCAAAAUUCUGCCUAUUCAUUGCGACAAAAGAGCUUACACAAAAAACAUGUUGUUGCCGGAUGGAUCAUUGCAAUUUCAUCACUCUUGGCUGUUGUGAUCGCAGCUUUUGGUGCUCGAUCUCUAUACAAGAGGCGGUACUCAAAUGGGAGUUGCUUCGAGGAAAGGUUUGAGAUGGGUAAAGGAGAGUGGCCUUGGAGAUUGAUGGCUUUCCAGAGGCUCAGUUUCACGAGCAAUGACAUUCUGUCUUGCAUCAAGGAAUCGAAUGUGAUUGGGAUGGGCGCAACUGGGAUUGUGUAUAAGGCAGAGAUGCAGCGUCUGAACAUGAUUGUGGCGGUUAAAAAGUUGUGGAGAACUGGGACUGACGUGGAAAUGGGAAACAGUGAUGACCUGGUUGGUGAGGUGAAUGUUUUGGGGAGGUUAAGGCAUAGGAAUAUAGUAAGGUUGCUGGGAUUUCUUCACAAUGACACAAAUGCUAUGAUAGUUUAUGAGUACAUGCAAAAUGGUAGUCUUGGAGAAACUUUACAUGGAAAACAAGGAGGCAGGUUGCUCGUAGAUUGGGUUUCACGAUACAACAUUGCAGUCGGAGUUGCUCAGGGGCUUGCCUAUCUCCACCAUGACUGCCACCCUCCUGUCAUCCACCGGGAUGUCAAGUCAAACAACAUAUUGCUCGAUGCAAAUCUAGAGGCGAGGAUUGCUGAUUUCGGGUUGGCAAGGAUGAUGCUUAAGAAGAAUGAAACAGUUUCUAUGGUUGCAGGAUCAUAUGGAUACAUAGCUCCUGAGUAUGGAUACACAUUGAAGGUAGAUGAGAAGAGCGAUAUAUACAGCUAUGGAGUUGUUCUAAUGGAGCUUCUGACUGGAAAACGCCCAUUAGAACCUGAAUUUGGAGAAUCUGUCGACAUAAAUGAAUGGAUUCGAAAGAAGAUUCGCGACAACAGAUCUUUAGAAGAAGCACUAGACCCCAAUGUAGGGAAUUGCAAACAUGUUCAAGAAGAGAUGAUGUUAGUCCUUCGGAUAGCGCUUCUUUGUACAGCCAAGAUGCCCAAGGACAGGCCAUCCAUGAGGGAUGUCAUAACGAUGCUUGGAGAGGCAAAGCCUCGGAGGAAAAGCAGUAGUGUUGGUGGUGGUGGAAAUGUUGUGGACAGAGAAAAGCCAAUCUUCAGCACAUCACCAGUAAAUGGCCUACCUUAAGUUCCUUCAAGGCCAUCAUUUGGUUUGAUUCUUAUUUUGUAUGUAAAAGUUUCUUUGUUAAAUUUGUAAUACUUGCUCAUCUUGGUUGUGUGUAAGUUUAAUGGGUAUAUGGAUUCUUCUUGCAAAUAAUAUUUUUUCUCCUUUAUGUGUAAAAGCAAAGAUUUUAAUCUAAGAAAACACACAACCUUAUUGUACUUCUUGUAAAACAACAGGUUUCGAAUUUUCCGGUGGCAAAGAUAAAUGCCAACAGUUCUCCAGUUUUUUUA